CUGAUACGCCCAACAAUGAUAUGAUCAGUAAUAUCAAUUAAUCAAUUCGUAGUAGUAUUUUUCAACAUAUUAAAUUAAUUUUCUGUAUUUCUGAAUUCGGCGGAAAUUAAUUUUGAUAUAGAAUCUCAGCUUCCAAAUUAUUUAAUUCUCCACUAAUUUAUCGUAAAUUGAUUAUUUGAAUAUUCUAAAAUGGUUUACAAAGGCGGCAAAGCAAAUCGUUCACCAUCUUGUGUUUUUGUAGGAAAUCUUCCCGACAGGGUCGAUGAAAGGGAUAUUCAGGACCUUUUCGAUAAAUUUGGAGAAAUAAAAGAUAUUGACAUAAAGCAUGGCAAAACAUCAAAUUACACUUCAUAUGCCUUUAUAGAGUUUGCCAGUGUCAGAUCUGCUGAGGACGCUGUAGAUUCUCGCGACGGCUACGAAUAUGAUAGAUACAGACUUAGGGUCGAGUUCGCCGGAGAAAAGAGACCUAGAAGAUAUCCCAGUUACGAGAGACCAAGAGAUCGUGACAGAUCAAACAGAUAUCCUCCACCAACCAGAACUGAUUAUCGUUUGGUAAUAUCGAAUCUGCCUCAUGGAUGCAGGUGGCAGCAUUUGAAGGACCACAUGAGAAAGGCUGGUCCCGUUGGUUACGUAAAUAUAGUCCACGGAAAGGGGUUUGUGGACUUCCUGCACAAGUCUGACAUGAAGUAUGCCAUUAGGAAACUCGAUGGCUCAGAGCUCAGCACUCCAGACGACAGCUGCCGUAUUAGAGUCAAAAAAGACGAAUACAGGAGGUCUAGGUCUAGGUCCAGGCACAGGUCAUAUGAUAGGAGGUCGAGAUCCGUGUCUGACCGCAGGAGUAGGUCUGUGAGGUCAAGGUCGCCCUACGACAGGAGAUCAAGGUCUCUUUCCGACAAGAGAAGUAGGUCAGAUAGGUCCCGUUCACCAUAUGAGAGGAGGUCUAGGUCACUUUCUGACCGUAGAAGUCGGUCUGUGAGAUCAGUUUCUGACAGAAGCAGAUCACCUUACGAUAAGCGCCCCAGAUCACGCGACAGGUCACCUUCAGAUAGGACCAGGAGCCGUUCUAGGAGCGUUUCAGACAGAAGAUCAUACGAGAGAAGCCGUUCAGAAGAGCGUCUGAAGCUCGACUCUGACCUUGAACCCAUGAAACACACUUACGAUAGAGAUGCAGAAACUGAAACUGCUGCUGAAACAUAUAGAGAAAGUCCACUUAAAGUAUGAAUUUAUUAAUCCGCAAGGUAUUUAAUAU